AUGAGAGAUGAUGGGAAUUUUGCCAUCUGCGACCUCCUGAGAUACAGCACGAUCCUCACCAAUAAGAUGACAGCCGUCCCGGGCAUAGUCAUCAUAGUCCGGACUUUGGUGUCUGUGACUCCUUUUAGAGCCCUUAUCCUGAGCCUUCCUUUCUGUGAUGUCCAGAUCAUCCCCCACACCUAUGGUGAACCCCUGGGUUUGGCAAAGUUGGCUUGUGCCAGUAUUAAGGUCAGUGUUAUCUAUGGCUUGAUUGUUUUUUCCAUGGGAUAUAUUGACCUUUCUGUGACUGGAUUUUCCUAUGUCCAAAUCCUCAGAGCAGUCUUCUACCUCCCGUCCUGGGAUGCCCGCCUCAAGGAACUCAGGACAUUUGGCUCCCAUGUCUGCUUAAUGUUGACCUUCUACCUGCCAGCACUCUUCUCCUUCAUGACACACUGCUUUGGCCACAACAUCCCUCAUUAUAUCCACAUACUUCUGGCCAAUCUAUAUGUGGUUUUUCCCCCUGCCCUUAACCCUGUAAUCUAUGGGGUCUGGACAAAGCAGAUAUGA